CCAUUACGAGGACAGCCAAUAGCCGCGUUCCUUACUGAGGGGUGGGCAGCGCUGACCCCGCCUAGCCGCCAGGUGGCAGUACGAACAGCGACAGCGGUGGAUGUUUUCGGUUUCCCACCUGGCGCGGACCCGUGUGAACAGCGUGAGAAAUGCCGGUAGACACGAAGCGUGUCCGCGGGCCGGACGAGUCCCAGUCUCCGCUGGUUUUUCUGCCUCCCACCGCGCAGACGUGUGAAGUCCUCCGCAGGCCGGGCGACCGAGGGAAAGGCGACGUCCGGCCGCUGUUCGCGCGUUGCGGGCUGGUGAGCCAGGCGAAGGGCUCGGCCUACAUCGAGGCCGGCAACACGAAGAUCAUGUGCUCCGUGUACGGGCCGCGAGAGACCGAGCGGAAGGACGACACCGACAUGAAAAGCGGCCGCCUUGUGUGCGACGUGAGGCUCGCGCCUUUCUCUUGCCAGAAGAGGGGCGCGUGGAUCCAGGGCAGCGAGGAGAGGGACCUGUCCUUGGCGCUGUCGGAGAGCAUGCAGCCCGGUGUGUGCCUGCACAGGUACCCGCGCUCCCAGAUAGAGGUGAACGUAAUGGUGCUGGAGAACGACGGCGGCGUCCUGGCUCACGCCGUGACCUGCGCCUCCAUGGCGCUGGCGGACGCCGGCAUUGAGAUGUACGACGUGGUGCUGGGCUGCGCGCUGCGGCAGGAUGGGGACUCGUGCCUGGUGGACCCGGACUUCUCUGAGGAGAGGGGGAGCUGGCAGGCGGGCUACGGUGAGAACCAGGGCCGCGUUACCGUGGCGCUCCUGCCCAACUUCAACCAAGUAUCGGGCCUGCAUGCGGACGGGGAGAUGCGCGAGGACACUCUGACCGCGGCCGUGAGGACGUGCAUGGAUGGCUGUCAUAAACUGUACCCGGUGGUUCAGCAGGCCAUACUACGGGCUGUUAAGAGAAAAGCGCCUCCUCCCGAAAAAUAAGACCUGGAGCCCUUUCGGCGCGUUUGGCCCUCUCCGUGUUGUUUGACUGUGUGAACGUGUUUGAGUGUUUUAUUCGGCACAUCUGAGCUCUGCUCAUAAUAAAAGCGAAGAGUCUGAUUGUUAUUGUUAAUUAUCUUGCCAUGUCAAACUGGAGCCCUCCGGGCCAAAGUGCUGCGUAUUCACCCUCACCUACCGCCCUGACUUCAGUUCAUCAAGACCUUGCUAACUAAAAGGUUUGCUGAAUCAGGUGUUCACUGAGGCAGCAUUUCGGCCCCCGAGGACUGGAGCUUGACCCGUCCGCCCUCGUCCGCUGCUCUUGGCUGCUUUUCUAACAGGGGUUCCCAGGCUCUGCUCUCAGGCUCUGUUGUUUUCCCAGCUCUGUUCUUUGAGCCCCGUUCCAGGCAUAUUGUAGUGCUUUCCCUGCUUUAACAUAG